AUGCCAAAGAUUGCUAGUAAAUUAGAGUUGAACAGGGUACAGGAGCUGGAUUACCUUUUAACUCAACUCAAACCUUUAAUACUCAACCAUAUAUCAAAUGCAUCCAAUCCAGAAUCAAGAGUUGGACCUAGAAUUUCUCCUUUAGAGUUAACAAAGCUUGUUAAAUUAGACACACCAUCUAAGGGUUCCGGUAAAGAAGGCGUUUAUGACUUGUUUGACACUGUGUUAAAAAAUUCAGUUGUUACAUGGCAUCCUGGGUUUCUAGAUAAGUUAUAUGCUUCAACUAAUCCAAUAGGUGUGGUUUCAGAUUUAUUAUUAAGUCUGUUAAAUACUAAUAGUCAUGUCUAUACAGUAUCACCUGUUUUAACUUUAAUUGAAAAAAAAGUUUCUAAAUCAUAUGCAAACUUAUUUGGUUUCACUGGUCAAUAUGCUGGUGGUUUAACAUUUUCAGGUGGUUCAUGGUCAAAUAUUACAAGUUUACAAAUCGCAAGAUCUAUAUUAUUCCCACAAACUAAAGCAGAAGGUAAUGGAAAUUAUAAAUUUGCUCUUUUUGCAUCAAAACAUUCGCAUUACUCUGUUGAAAAAGCUGCAAUUUUAUUAGGUUUAGGUGCAAAUAAUAUAUUUGAUGUUGAAGUCGAUGCUGCUGGUGUUUUAAAUGUUCAGGACUUGGAGAACAAAAUCAUAGAGAGUAAAGAAAAGGGUUUCACUCCUUUAUACAUAAAUUCUACAGCUGGUACUACUGUUUUUGGAUCGUUUGACCCAUUUGAUGAAAUUAGCGCAAUUGCUAAGAAAUAUGGUAUCUGGUUUCAUAUUGAUGGUUCAUGGGGUGGUAAUGUUGUUUUCAGUGAAAAAUAUAAGCAUAAAUUAAAAGGUGCAGAAAAAGCUGAUUCUAUAACUGCAAAUCCACAUAAAUUAUUAGGUGUUCCAACUACUUGUUCAUUCCUUUUAUUACCUGAUGAACGUGUUUUCCAAACUGCAAACUCUUUAGAUGCUCCUUAUUUAUUUCACAGUGCUGAAUCUGAUGAUACAUUUUAUGAUUUAGCUGAUGGUACCAUGGGGUGUGGUAGAAGACCGGAUGCUUUAAAAUUAUAUCUGGGUUGGAACUUUUAUGGUAAAGAAGGAUAUGAAGAAAGAAUAAAUCAUGCCUAUGAGAUUACAGGAUAUUUUGCUGAUAAAUUACAAAAUAAUCCAUCUAAAUUUAAAUUAGUAUCAACAAAUCCACCACCUUGUAUGCAAGUUUGCUUUUAUUUCAAUAAAGAUGGGAAAUUUGAUGAUAAGGAACAAAAUUCUAAAAUCACUAGAGAGAUUGUUGCUAAGUUACAUGAAUCUGGUAAAUUUUUGAUUGAUUUUGCUCCAGCUCAUGGUGUAGAUACUGGUGAAUUCUUUAGAGUUGUCUUCGUAAGUCCUAUUGUGAAUAGUGAUAUUGUUGAUGACUUGUAUAGUACAAUCAUAGAAGUUGGUGAGAACUUAUAG